UGGAAAAUGAUAUGCGAUGCGCGUACAUGCAUUGGUUGCCAGUAUCUGCAGGAGCAGGACGAGCAGAAUGCGAGCCUCAUGGUCUUCCUGGCCAACUGUCAACAUGCAAAAUGCAAGGUGGUUCGCCUGGUCCGUCAGCAAAUAAGUAAACUGCAGAACAUGCAGUACGAACGCUACCUGGCCACUGACAGAAUGCGUGAUGAAGCACGCGAAGAAACGCAUAACGAAAUACCUAUUAACAUGAGCGAAAUAUCUUACAAUAAUGUCCGUGAAUUCUACGAUGAAACGCACGAGCCGUAUAAUGAUGACAUAUACGAGAUGGAAGGCAAAAUACAGCAGCCGCACGAUGAAGAGUACGACGAAGUCUAUGAAGCACAUGAAACAGUUACGAAUGUAAGGCGGACUGAAACGAUAAAUGUGGUAGAGACCGCAUCCUUGCAUCAUGCGGCGUCUCCCGGGAGAACGGUGGUGAACCGCAAGUGGAUGCUGCGGAUCCUAGAUCGCUUUCGUCAUCGAGCAUAUCUGAUCCUGUUGGCUGCUGCAGUUGGCAUGAUAGUGUGGUCCGCUCUGGUGUACGGUGUCUUCCUGGGUGCGACUGCUUGCGGAAGCGGUCGCACCUGCUUUGCCUCAACUCUUAGAUACAAGCAUGCUAAACGCUCACUAUUUUAAGUCACACAUGUAUCAGUUUCCAGAAAGGAUGAUGAAAGUUCCAAUUUUAUUUUUUAUUUCAUAUUUAUAUCAUAUUUACCAGAUAUUAUAUCCAGCAAACUGAGAUUUUUAAUGCCGUUUCUUUUGUAGAGACAGAGCAAAGUUUCAAAUA